CAUCUAUUUGUAACGUCUCCUUCAUACAUCUCUUUCCGUUUCACCCUCUCUAAAAUCUCGGAGAGAGAAAGCACAUGGUGUUUGUUUCCUCCGGCGUCCAUUCGGCAAAAUGAUCUCUCUCACCUCGUCGGAGCUCAACUACCUGGUUUUCCGGUACCUUCAGGAAUCAGGGUUCACACAUUCAGCAUUUGCUUUAGGAUAUGAGGCAGGGAUCAAUAAGAGCACAAUAGAUGGAAAUUUAGUUCCUCCUGGUGGUCUGGUUACCUUUGUACAAAAGGGAAUUCAAUAUCUUGAAUUGGAAGCAAAUUUGAGCACUGAUGACACAGAUAUGGACGAAGACUUCCAGUUUAUACAGCCCAUUGAUCUUAUCACCAAGGAUGUAUAUGAGCUACAUAAAAUAAUAAAAGAAAAAAAGGAAAAGCUUCGGAAAGAUAAACCUAGGGGAAAGGAUAAGGAUAUCAAUGACCGUGAAACGGAGCAUGAACGGGAGCCUGCUAGAGAAAGAGAGAAGGAAAAACAGCAGAAGGAAAAAGAGCGAGAGCGGGAACGGGAACGGGAGCGGGAGCGAGAGCGAGAAAGAGAAAGAGAAAGAGAAAGAGAAAGGAUUGAGAAGGAUAAGGAGAGAGAGAAAAAUAAGGACAAAGAAAAAGCACGUGAGGAUCUCAUACCACGUGAGGAUCUCAUGGACGCGAAACCCAAUGGAGAUAAAGAGAUUGUUAGACAUGAGGAGAAUGGAAAGGCUGGAGAUCCAGAGCCCAUGGAGAUUUGCACAAGCUCAACCGCCUUGCCAUGUGAAAUACUGAGUUCUGAUUUACUGAUUUUGGAAGGCCAUACAUCAGAGGUUUUCGCAUGUGCCUGGAGUCCAGACGGUUCACUUCUUGCAUCUGGGUCUGGAGAUUCUACUGCUAGGAUUUGGACAAUUGGAGAUGGUACUUGUAAUUCCCACAUGCAAAAUGGGCCUGUAAAUGUCAUGGUAUUAAAACAUUUUAAAGGUCGAACAAAUGAGAAGAGCAAGGAUGUUACUACACUUGAGUGGAAUGGCGAGGGACACCUACUUGCAACAGGUUCUUAUGAUGGGCAAGCAAGAAUUUGGAACCGAGAGGGGGAACUGGUAAAUACACUAAUCAAACAUAAAGGGCCAAUCUUCUCUUUGAAGUGGAAUAAGAAAGGUGAUUAUCUCCUUAGUGGUAGUGUAGACAAAACCGCAAUUGUAUGGGAUGUAAAGUCAGGCGAAUGGAAGCAGCAAUUUGAAUUUCAUUCAGCUCCAACUCUUGAUGUUGAUUGGCGAAACAACAAUUCCUUUGCGACUUGCUCCACUGAUAACAUGAUUUAUGUUUGUAAAGUUGGAGAGAGUCGGCCUCUCAAAGCUUUCUCGGGACAUCAGAGUGAAGUCAAUGCAAUCAAGUGGGACCCCUCAGGCUCCUUGUUGGCGUCAUGCUCUGAUGACACCACAGCUAAGAUAUGGAGUGUGAAACAAGAUACCUGCUUGCAUGAUUUCAGAGAGCAUGCCAAGGAGAUCUAUACCAUCAGAUGGAGUCCAUCUGGCCCUGGUACGAGCAACCCAAAUCAACAGUUGUUGCUGGCAAGUGCUUCUUUUGACUCCACAGUGAAGCUUUGGGAUGUUGAAAUUGGCCGUCUCGUCCACAGCUUGAAUGGUCAUAGGGAUCCUGUUUACUCUGUCGCAUUUAGCCCAAACAGUGAGUACUUGGCUACCGGAUCAUUGGAUAGAUGCUUGAAUAUAUGGUCUGUGAAAGACGCCAAGAUCAUAAAAACGUACAGUGGAAAUGGUGGAAUCUUUGAAGUGUGCUGGAACAAGGAAGGCAGCAAGGUCGCAGCUUGUUUUGCAGACAAUGUGGUGUGUGUCUUUGAUGUUCGGAUGUAGGGUUGCAGAACAAACAUGAAAAAGAUAGAGUUGAACAAACAUGCACUUGUAACAAGCAACGCUUGAUUGGUGGCAAAAGUGUGUUUGGUUGACGCAUGUAGAAUUGUAGAACAGUUGAUAUUCAACAAAUCAGAAUUUGUAGCGUGUUGUAGAUAUGCAGAUAGGAUCAUGGUACUGACCUAGGUUUAGGUUUUGGUACAGCUGAAGCUGUAAAUUACAGCCAUUGUACUGUGUUGAAAGUGAGGAAGCUGCAGCGGCAGUGACUCUUCUGUCACAACUUAUUUGUUGCCCAAAAUGUUGAUAUCAAGUUACAUUAAUUGUAUUUCUCGCCAGUUUCAUGUUGAUG